UAGACGACACAAUACAGUGUCUUCAUUUGUUUGUGGGUUUGUUGGGAUAGCAAAAACUAACAGUAUUUUUCUCAAUCGAGAAAGGUUGGUUACAAUUAUCUUAGUUGCAGGGUGACACGCAGAAACUUAUAAGGAUUAACUAUGAACAAAUACUUUAUCACGUAAAAUAACAAGUGCCAGUUUUUAUAACAUGAACGCCACAAAGAAAAAAGAAACAAUUCUGUGUCAUAAAACAAAUUCUCGCAAAAAUGAAUCAAACCAACCUAGAGCUAAUAUUGAAGAUUUGCCUGAAGAAAUGCUUGAAAUUAUUGCUGGAUUCUUAUCAUGUAAGGAUUUAAACAGUUGUUUUAAUGUAUGCAAAAAAUGGAGACGGAUACUUAACAGUGACAAAUUUUGGAAAAAAUGCUGCAAGUAUCCAGAAAAAUACUUUAAAUUGUCAUCCGUUCAAGUCAGUAAAAUACCUGCUUUCAUAGAUGCUUGCAAAUGGAGGAAACAUUGGCUUUUACAAAAACGUAUCUGGAAAAAUUGGAGUAGUGGUACAUUCACAACUGACACAUUUGCAGGAGAACUCGGUCAUAUGUCAAUGGACUCUGUUGAUGAACAUGGUAAUCAUUGGCUAUUCUGUUAUGGGUCAAAUGAGAUAAAUGUAUGGAAUAUUACUAAUGAACCUUUUCUACACUCUAAUUAUGAACAGCAACAUUUUUUUGCUUUGUGGCCUUUGCAAGAUAAAGUUUUAACGUGUCGUUCCAAUUAUGUAAAAGUUUUCAACUUCAAGCACCCAGAAAACGAGUUGCAGCUAAGUUACAGAUUCAAGUUUGAUAGAAAGAACAUACUUCCAGAAAAUGAAAAGGUCUCUAAUGACGACUAUGUCAGUGGUGUUCGAUAUAUUUUAGUGGAUGACAGAUUUCUUAUUGGAUACCAGGAAAAUGUAAGUGACAUUGCAACAGCGUGUAUGUAUAUAUGGGACAUUAACACAAAAAAAGUUAGAAAUCAAAGUAUCUAUCAAGAAUCUUUUGUGAGGUUUGUCCAACAAACCAGAGGAAGCAAUGUGCUGGAUCAUUUUAAUGGUGGAAUGGUUCUAUUUGAUGGAGACAAUGGCAAGUUUUUAGUCAAUUUGAUUGAUGAUAGACAUAAACUGUGCCAUGUAAGCUUGUUUAGUCUUGUUGAAAUGAAGUUUGUGAAGGUAGUAGCUCAGUUUGAGAGUAGAACAGCAUGGUGUCUUAUGAAAGGUGACAUUGUUGUCACAUUCCACAUCGUCUGCGAGAACAAAUCUCAGAUAUCCGUGUUUAAUCUUAACACUGGCCUUCUCGCCAAGUUAUACUUCCCAUUCGAACGGAACCCCAUACUCAAUAAUGAGCUAAGGUUUGACUGUAACAAAGUAAUUUUAAAAGUAAGAAAUAAAAUAACUGUACUGACCUUAACUGAUUCGGUCCAUGUAAAGGAAAAUAGCUUUGAACUCGAUGAAAGCAACAAAAACGGUUGUAUUUUAAAAUAUUUUGAUCCCAAAUUCUUGCUGUUGUAUGACUGUUCUAUUCUUUCUUCUGGAAAUUUGACUGUGUGGGAUAUUGAUUCAGGAAUCAAACUGUGGGGGUUGCGUAAGUUGUCUCAUUUGGUAUUGUACAAACCGAUCAUAAAUACUUUUGAGUACCCCGGAAGACUUCUUGUUCGCUUUUGUGAUGAAAGCAAUUUUAGAAUUUUGAAGUUUGAUGCCUGAGUAGUACAGCAUUACCUACUUAAGUUAACAAUGUACCUGAAACACCCAGUUUUGUAAAAAGUUUUUACUAUGUUUGAUUAAAAAUCUGUGUUUGAGCUAAUUUAGUUGAUAUAGGUAGGGCUUUUAACCAUUCAAAACUAUAUAUAUAUUUGUUUUAAAAUGAAGUAGAAUUUUCAUCUGCUGGAAUCAGUAAACAAAAUUUUAGUAGUUUGGGAGCAUACCUACUGUCUAAAGAUCAGACCUUAAAGUUCCAAGGUUACAUAUUACAGUUAGCCAUACUCAUUAAUCUAAGCAACCAAAUGCUUAGAACCAAGGGGGGGAAAUUGGGGUACCUAGCCAAAAAAGAUUCUUUGGACAUCUAAACAUAUACGGUUAUCUAUAACGUAACUCUACGGGACAUGCUCUCACUAUAUCCUAUGAUUGUAUUGUUGGUACGUUAUAUUUUUACACACUACCUAGAUAAA